AUGGCGACAGCUCCACAGCCUCAUCCUCCUCCUUCCGAUUCGGGUGGGCACAGGACCGUUGUCACAGUUUCUGUCAUCGUUGCAAUCGUCGGUCUCAUCGUCUUCUUGGCCAUCUGGGUGAGACGCCACAGCCCGCUCCGAAGGCUCGACGAACUACAGCUCCAAGCCGAACUGCAACGCUCUGGACUACGACGACGUCGACGCCAACAAGAACAACAACAAGAAAAAGCCAUUGGCAUUUCGCUGCUCCAGACCAUACCACUUGUCAGAUACGACGGUGACCCUGGCACAAUACGCCGCGCUAAGAGCUUGGACUUGGAAAAGGGAAAUCUGUAUCGGGAUGCUCGGAACUGGUCUCUGGAGCAGAGCCAACAAAACAUCAAAGAAAUGCACGCAGAGAUGGUUGAGAUCGGCAUGGCCAUUCACAGAAAAUCAAGAGAUGGGAACCAGAAAAGGCCGUACCUCGAAGCCGAAGAGCCAGAGUGUCCCAUCUGCGCACAACCGUUUAUGAAGAACCAACUCCUUCGAGUCCUUCCCUGUGGCCAUCGACACCAUCAGAGAUGUGUCGACCGGUGGCUUCUGGGCUACAGCGGAACGUGUCCUGUGUGGUAA